AUAAUAAUCAAAGAUUGUCCAUGCGUUCAUGUUUGUUACAUGUGGACGGUUUUACUUCUGUAGUAAAGCAGUUUUUCAUCUAAUUGGGCCUAUACUUGUUAGGCAAAAGAGGGAUAAAAUGGGGAAACGAGGUAGAAAACACCAUGGCCCAAGAAGAUCUAGAAACUGGGGCCAGCAACGCCAAGGCUACCCAGACAUUGAGAAGAGCAAUGCAGCAUUUGAAAAGUAUUAUAAGGCCCAGGGCAUCGUUCCAGAAGCUGAAUGGGACAAGUUUAUUUCCACCUUACAGCAACCCCUACCUGCAACAUUUCGAAUCACAGGCUUUAGAAGUCAUGCUCAACAUCUGUUGCAGUUUCUCAAGAGUCAUUUCUUCACUGAUCUGAUGGGUGCUUCUAUUGAUGGAAUACCAAUUGAAAAGCCAAAACCAAUAUCUUGGUACCCAGAUGAGUUAGCUUGGCAGUUGAGUUUAACACGAACAUGCAUCCGUAAGGUGCCAGCCCUUGAGAACCUUCACAAAUUCUUGGUCGAUGAAACAGAAAGUGGUAAUAUUAGUCGUCAAGAGUUGGUCAGUAUGAUUCCACCAUUAUUGAUGGAUGUCAAACCUCACCACCGUGUUUUGGACAUGUGUGCAGCCCCUGGUUCAAAAACAGCCCAACUUAUUGAGAUGCUCCAUGCGGAACAGUCUGAAGGCUGGCCAGAGGGAUUUGUAAUUGCGAAUGACUCGGACAACAAGCGAUGCUACAUCAUGGUUCACCAGGCCAAGCGCCUCAACAGUCCUUGUUUUAUGAUCGUUAACCAUGACGCUUCUCUCCUACCUUCGUUGAUGCUUACGGACAAAUGUGGCAAAAGAAUCCCUAUAAGAUAUGAUCGGAUACUCUGUGAUGUGCCGUGUAGUGGCGAUGGAACAUUGCGCAAGAACUAUAUGAUUUGGAAGAAAUGGAACCUUGGCAGUGCUUUGAAUUUACACAGCUUACAGUACCGUAUAUUAUUGAGGGGAAUUGAAUUGUUGCAAGUUGGUGGUCGUCUCAUUUACUCAACGUGUUCAUUUAAUCCAAUUGAAAAUGAAGCAGUUGUAGCUGCAAUUCUUGAAAAGUCACAAGGUACUAUUGAGCUAGUGGACACAUCAACAAUGUUGCCAGGGUUACGGAGAAUGCCCGGGAUGAGUUCAUGGAAGGUUAUUGCAGAUGGUAAAGAAAUCCAGAACCUUGAUGAAGUGCCAGCCAAUGAAAGACGGUACCGUACAACGAUGUGGCCCCCAACCAAUGCUGAACAAUUUAACCUACAUAGAUGUAUAAGAAUGCUACCCCAUCAUGAGGAUUCUGGAGGAUUCUUCGUGGCUGUAUUGCAGAAGACAGAACACCUUCCAUGGUCCAAGGAAGGGAAGGCAAAAGAAAAUGCUAAGAAAGAAGCAACUAAUAAUCCACAAAAUGAAGAUGCAGAGAAACUACAUGAGCCUUCAUAUAUGGAAGAAGUGACAAAAGAUGUAAAGAUAACGGAUGAUGGAGGACAGCCUGGCGAUGUUUUAAAUAUAAAAACUGAUGAAGUACAUGAAGAAAAUAAUAAAGCUAGGAAGGAAGAAAAUGAUCAACAAGGGACAGUUGGCAAUGAACUAAUGGAGGCUGAGGAAGAACCAAAACCAAAGAAAAUGAAAUAUCAAAAUGUGUAUAAAGAAGAUCCAUUUGUGUUUUUUAAAGAUGAUGUUGAUGUUUGGCCUGCAAUAAAGUUGUAUUAUGGUGUCAAAGAUGAAUUCCCACUGAAUCAGAUGUUUACACGCUGCCAUGUUGGCAAGAAACGAAACCUUUAUAUGGUGAACAGUGCUGUAUGCGAGAUUGUGCAAGCCUGUGAAAAUAAACUGAAGGUUAUUAAUUGUGGAGUUAAAGUGUGGUCCAGGAGUGAUGCCAAAGGAGUAGAUUGUGACUUUAGACUAGCCCAAGAUGGAAUAUAUAGUGUAUUUCCGUACCUGACUUCCAGGAAAGUAGAGAUCACACGGAAUGAUGUGCAGGUUAUCUUGACGGAGGAGAAUCCAUUCUGUGCUAAGCUAUGUAAAGAAACAAAGAAGACUAUUGAGGCUUUAGCUCAGGGAAGCGUAAUUUUUAUAUAUGAUCCAAAGAAAUAUGAUCCACAUUCACAAGAUCUUUUACUGUAUAUCGUUGGAUGGCGUGGAAAGACAUCAGUUCGUUCAUUUGUUCCUAAAGGGGAUCGCUUCCAUAUAUUACGUCUCUGUGACAUGUUACCAGCAGAGAAGAUGUUUUCUAAUGACAACACAUCCGGACCAUCUCAAAAUGAGAGAACAGUUGAGGAAGAAGCAAAGGAUGCAGAAGCAGCUGUAAUAAGUGACAAUUGUGAAGAGGAUAUGACAAAUAUAGACAUCAAUUCUGGAACAGAUAAAAAUUCAGCAGAAGAUGCCACAAGUGGUAGCUCAAUUGAUGACCAAUGAAUUGCACUACAUUUUCUUGGCGUCUAUUACAUUAUUAGAAGCAAAUUAUUGCAAACUUAAAUAACAUACUGUUCAGCGACU